AUGGGUAACCAGCAGUCCAGCGCUGGAGGCGGAGGCCCUCCCGGCGACGACAAGAGCAAGAAGGACAAGAAGGAGAAGCCAAAGUACGAGCCGCCGCCACAGCCCACCACCCGCAUCGGCAGGAAGAAGAAGAAGGCCGCCGGUCCCAGCGCCGCCGCGAAGCUGCCGACCGUCUACCCCACGGCACGAUGCAAACUACGAUAUCUGCGCAUGCAGCGCAUCCACGACCACCUGCUGCUGGAGGAGGAGUACGUCGAGAACCAAGAACGCAUCCGCAAGGCAAAGGCCGUCAAGGAAGGUGCAGGGCCCGCCAACGUCAACGCCGACCCCGAAGCCGCCGACCGGAAUGCCGACGAGCGCUCGCGCGUCGACGACAUGCGAGGCAGCCCCAUGGGCGUCGGCAACCUCGAGGAGCUCAUCGACGACGACCACGCCAUUGUUUCGAGCGCAACCGGGCCCGAGUACUACGUCUCCAUCAUGUCCUUUGUCGACAAGGACCUCCUCGAGCCUGGCGCCAGCAUUCUGCUGCACCACAAAUCCGUCUCCGUUGUGGGUGUGCUUACAGACGACGCGGAUCCCCUGGUGUCCGUCAUGAAGCUCGACAAGGCCCCUACAGAGUCGUACGCGGAUAUUGGUGGUUUGGAGCAGCAGAUCCAGGAGGUGCGAGAGGCUGUCGAGCUUCCUCUGUUACAUCCUGAGCUGUAUGAAGAGAUGGGCAUCAAGCCCCCGAAGGGUGUUAUCCUCUACGGUGCACCCGGUACCGGAAAGACACUGCUGGCAAAGGCCGUGGCGAACCAGACCAGUGCCACUUUCCUGCGCAUCGUAGGAAGUGAAUUGAUCCAGAAAUACCUCGGUGACGGUCCCAGGCUUGUGCGACAACUCUUCCAGACUGCCGCCGAGAAUGCGCCUUCCAUCGUCUUCAUCGACGAGAUCGAUGCCAUCGGUACCAAGCGAUACGAGUCGACAUCAGGCGGUGAGCGCGAAAUCCAGCGAACCAUGCUGGAGCUGCUCAACCAGCUUGACGGUUUCGACGACCGUGGUGACGUCAAGGUCAUCAUGGCCACCAACAAGAUCGACACGCUCGACCCUGCCCUGAUCCGACCUGGUCGUAUCGAUCGAAAGAUUCUCUUUGAGAACCCUGACCAACACACAAAGAAGAAGAUCUUCACCCUGCAUACGUCCAAGAUGUCUCUCAACGAGGACGUCGACCUCGACGAGUUCAUCAACCAGAAGGACGACCUGUCCGGUGCCGAUAUCAAGGCCAUCUGCUCUGAAGCUGGUCUGCUGGCUCUCCGUGAGCGCAGGAUGCGGGUACAGAUGGAAGACUUCCGCAGCGCCCGUGAGCGUGUGCUGAAGACAAAGAGCGAAGGAGAGCCCGAGGGGCUGUACUUGUAG